CGCGGGAAUCCUGAGCGCCAGAGCGCGCACAUGCGCGUAUUUACGGCGGAGCUCCGUAGGGUAAGAGGCUGUGUUUCGGAUUAGAGUUAGGGAACUACUUGUUGUUUAUUUUGUAGACGCCGAAUUUAAUUUUACUUCAUUCGAUGGGAUAUCGCAUGCGUUUGAGUACUGGCUUCUGGACGACGAACUAGCCGGGCAGGGAUGCCCCCGGUGGCGGAGGCCGAGGGGAGGCCGGGGGGGCUGUCGCGGGCCGACUGCCUGUGCCCCAUCUGCCUGGAUAUCUUCCUGGAGCCGGUGACGCUGCCCUGCAGCCACACCUUCUGCAAGCCCUGCUUCCUUGAGACGGUGGACAAAGCCAACCUGAGCUGUCCCCUGUGCCGUAAACGCGUGUCCAGCUGGGCGCGUCUGCACAGCCGCAACAAGACGCUGGUCAACGCGGAGCUGUGGAGCCGUGUGCAGGAGGCCUUCCCCGCACAGUGUGAGCAGCGGCUCAGUGGCGGGGACGCGGGGGAUAUGGCAGCACCAGCCGUCAGUAGCAAACCAAGAGUGAGCCAGCCUGGAGAACUGCGUAAGGAGUAUGAAGACCAGAUGAGCCGGCUGGCUGCAGAGAAGCAGGCACUAGAGGAGGCGGAGCAGGCGGCCAGCGAGCAGUACAUCCAGCGACUUCUGGCCGAGGACGAGGAGCAUUCGGCAGAGGAGUGGAGAAGGCAGGAGGAGAAACAGCUGGAGGAUGACGAGAAGCUGGCCAGGAUGCUGAGCAUGGAGCUGGUAGCUGGGGUGGGGAAUUCCAGCCCAGAACCUGAAGCUCAAAAACAGGUGCGGUCAACGAGGAAGAUAUCGGCCAAGAAAAUUACAAACACAGGAGACAUAGAGAGGUUUUUGCAGCCACUUGCACAGAUGGGUCCCAUCAGCAGUUCUGCUAAAAUGGAGCGAUCUAGGCUGGAUGUGUAUGGGUGGAAUGAGGCUGAGAGGGGAGAACCAGACACUCGAGUCUCCCGGCCGGAACAGAACGACAGCACUGCAGCAGCUUCCUGGAUGGAGCAAGACGGAGACUCGGGAGAUCCUGGGAUCAUGUGGGUAAGAGAGCAGCCCCCUGGCAAAAGAAAGAGCGCCGAGGUCGGACCUGAGGCUGCAGACAGCCUUGCCAGAAAGAGGCCCUGCCACCCCAACUUUCUGGUGGACCUGGAGGAGAAGCUGCAGAGCCAGCAGCAACAAGAGGAGGAAGAUUGGCAGCUGGCCUUGAGACUGCAGCAGCAGCUGGACCGCGAAGAGGCCCUCCGGGUUGUGAACCGGCGCAAGGGCUCCCCCGACCAGUACCAGCUCCGUCAGCGUCCCAGCAAUGUCCCAGCGGACCCCGCCAGCAGAGGGCGCUCUCAUUCUGUACCGGAACAGAAGCAGGAGAAGCCGAGAGUGAGGCAGCGAGGAUCUAGCUGUGGGCCCCCCCGGGCCCAGAGGGGGGAGCAUGCCUCGGAGUCCCCCCUCCCUGUAGUACACAAGGCCUGCAAACAGAGCACCCUGACUGAGAUGUUCCCUCCCCUGAACAGUUGAGCCCCGAGAAGCCCUGACUCUGCAGUGUCAUGCUGUUCAUACCCUUUUGCCUAUUGAUUUCUUAGUAUAACCUUUUUUUUUAAAAAACAAAAAAAUGAAUGUAAUAUUGCAGUUGUUAAAUAAAAGGAAGUAUUGGUUUA